GUUGCGAAUCGAUUUGUCGAACUUUUUAACUUUUUGCUGUGUAAAUCAAUAAACUUUUAACAUUGAUAUAUAGUAGGCAACUCUAACAGCCAAUCCUGCUUACACAUAUAACAAUACGUCACAUAAUAGAUUGUCUUAGCGUAGCGUUCGGCGACAAAAAAUAAAGUGAUAGGUAUUCGAGGUUAACCGCGGCGCGAAGAUAACGAGUUUGCGCCAAGCCGCCCUCGAUAUUGAAUCAGUUGGGUCCGAAAAGUGACAGGAGCAAGACGUAAUAAUGGCCAGCGGAAGGAUCGUAGUGUAUGGAGGCCGUGGAGCGCUUGGAGCAGCUUGCGUUAACCACUUCAAAUCUGCCAACUGGUGGGUGGCGAGCGUCGAUUUGAACCCCAACGACAGCGCGGAUGUUAACAUCACCGUGCCCAAGGAUGCUUCGUGGGUCCAGCAAGAGGAAUACGUAGUGAACGAGCUCGGCGCCGCGUUGCAAGGUCAGAAAGUGAAUGCUGUGAUUUGCGUGGCCGGUGGCUGGGCCGGCGGCAACGCUGCCAAGGAUCUGAGCAAACAGACUGACUUGAUGUGGCGCCAGUCAGUAUGGAGCUCCACCAUUUCGACUACAGUCGCUGCCAAAUACUUAACCCCUGGAGGCCUCUUAGCUUUAACUGGCGCUAAGGCUGCCUUAGAAGGAACGCCCGGUAUGAUCGGAUACGGUCUAGCCAAAGGAGCUGUGCACCAACUCACAAAAUCUCUUGGUGCUAAAGAUUCUGGUCUUCCUGAGAACUCACUGGCCGUUGCCAUCUUGCCAGUUACACUGGACACAGAGAUGAACAGAAAAUGGAUGCCAAAAGCUGAUUUCAGUUCGUGGACACCUCUGCCCUUCGUGGCUCACCUGUUCGACAAGUGGAUCAAGGGUGAAGAGCGGCCCCCAAGUGGUAGCUUGGUUGCCCUCGUCACAAAAGACAAUGUCACCGAUCUGAUUGUCCAAUAAAUCUUGCCAAACUAGAAUAUUGAUGUGAUUGCAUACUUAAAAAGUAAUAUUAUGAAACAAAGUAAUAAUAUUGUGUUGCACAAUAAUGAAAUUAUUGUAUUUAUAUGAAGCAUUUUCUUUUAUGCUUUUAAUGUUAGAUUGUUAAGUAUAUUUUCAGACAAUAAGGGAACAAAUCUCAUAGUUUUGAUGUGUAUGUGUGUACUGAGUCUGUCUAUAUCUUUAAAUGUGAUGCAAAAUAUAAACUUUGAUGUGAUAUAUCCAGAAAAAUAUUUAAUAAUAAAUGUUGUGAUCUGA